AUGAUGUAUCUUAUCUUGGAUAGUGCUUGGGUGAGUCCCGUGCACGUGGUACCUAAGAAAGGUGGAAUGACCGUUGUCCGAAACGACAAGAAUGAAUUGAUUCCUACAAGGACCGUCACGGGGUGGCAGAUGUGUAUUGAUUACCGGCGGUUGAACACCGCCACAAGAAAAGACCACUUUCCUCUACCGUUCAUGGACCAAAUGCUUGAGAGGUUGGAGGGCCAAGCCUAUUACUGUUUCUUAGAUGGUUACUCCGGGUAUAACCAAAUCACGGUUGACCUGGAAGAUCAAGAGAAGACGGCGUUGACUUGCCCCGUUGGAAUUUUUGCUUACCAGAGGAUGCCGUUUGGGCUUUGCAAUGCACCGACAACCUUCCAAAGGUGUAUGCUAGCCAUCUUUUCCGAUAUGAUGGAAAACACCAUGGAGGUGUUCAUGGAUGAUUUCUCGGUUUUCG